CUCAUCAGAGACGGCAUUUCCGCUUCCUUCUCUCUUUCCCCCUUCUUCUUCUGCUCGCGACCCUCUCCCUCCCUACCCCUUCUCUCUCCCCGUGUUUCCAAACGGAGCCAGCUCCAUCCCUCUCCCAAGACCCAGCCACCCUCGCAAGCGUCCAACCCUUCCACCCUCAACAAAAUAAUCCAUUCCAGUUUUAUAUUGUGCGGUUUAAAGCAACUUAUUUGACCAAAAUCAAGACAUCAAACUUCCAGCAGCAGGACCACAGAAUGAUUGCAGGGGAUGGAGAAAGUGAGCCUGGUGAUAGUCAACUAGAGAUGGUCCAGCCAUCACUGGUUGUCACUGAUGACAUAAUGACCCGGCGCCUGAAGAACAGGGAGCGGCAGCGAAGGUACAGAGCAAGGAAGCGCCUCGAAGCAGAUAUGAAGAAAUCAUGUUUGCAUGCAUUGCUGCCGAGUGAAACACAAUCAAAUGGAAUUUUUAUUAAUGUUAAUCCCUACCAAUUUGUAUUGCCCCUUGAGGCACACUCAAAUGGAGACACUUUCACAUAUGAAGCCCGUGUAUACUCUGGUAGAAAAUGGAAACAGGAUGCAAGGAGAGCACAUUUACUCCAAGAGCUAAUGGACCCAUCAAAUGUGCCUAGCGUGCCUCCUCCUCACUUGAUAAAGCCACCAUUAGAAGCUGGAUCCAAUCUUGAAUGUCAUACAAACCCAACUGGUAAAAGAGACUGGAAAGCAGAUGCAAGAAACAAGGUCGAUGUGGAUGUGAGAACUCCUCAGUAAUUAUCCCCAAAGUUCUUCAUUUCAAGUAACUGAAAGGUGUCGAAGAGCACCAUUUAUCUGCUUCAGAGAAAACAUGCGAAUAAAUGCUAUUUGAUUGUUGGGCA